AAAGUCAUAAACGACAGAUAUCAAUAUAUUUCAAAAAUGUCAAAUUUACGUCAGUUUUUUCUGUUGUUUUGUUUAUUAUGCUUUUUAGCUUAUUCUGACAUAAAUAUUCGUGAAUUUUAUGCUUCGUGAAGAAUGGAAAGACGCAAAGCCAGUCCAGAGCAGUUGAAUAUGCUUUUACAUUUUUUAGAGGAGGAUAAGGAACUAGCCAUUGGAAAAUUUACAGGUCUUGAAGGCAGAAUUCGUCAAACAAAUGCAUGGAUUAAAAUUACAGAAAAACUGAAUGCUAACUCAGGUUUCGGCUCGGGUGCAAUAAAAACUCCUGAUAAAUGGCAACAGACUUGGAGGGAUUGGAAAUCGAAUGUAAAGAAGAAAGCAUUUAGAAUAAGGAAAAAUCGUUUUACACCCGGCUGUAAUGCUAAUACCCAAUUAACAGAGGCAGAAGAGAAGAUUCUGAGGUUAAUUUGUACUAAUAUUUCAGUAUUUGGAUUGGCUGGUGUGCCUGAAACAUCUGCCGUUGGUAUUAACUCUGUGACUGUUACACAGCCUAAUUUAAAUAAUGAUAUAUGUAAUCAAGACCCAUCUACAAGUACAAUGAAAUGGUCUACAGAUGCACAGCAUUACACCCAAGCAGAUAUUGGAAUAAGUCUUGAAGAUGGCAUUAGUGCAGAUCCAGAUAUUGGUAUGAGUUCUAAUGAGAUCUCAUCAGUACCUACCAAUGGAAAACCUUUGUGGAAGAGAGGGAGACCUGUCAGAUUAGUUCAUGAUCGACUCUUAAAUUUAGAAGAAGAGAGAAUAAGAAUUGAAAAGCAAAAACUAUUAGAAAAGAAAAGGUGCAACAAUAUUAGACUAAAAAUGGAAAAGGACAGACUUGAGAUUGAAAGGCAACGGAAUCUUUUGUUAGAAAAGUUGUUGGUUGCAGUUGAAGCAGUGGUGCACCGAUAGUCUAGUACAUUAGCCUAGUUAGGAAUAUAUGUAUGUGUUAUAUGACACAGGAGAGACAAAUAUAGUCAGGAAGACUGGGUUUGUGCACUGAAUAUUUUUUGGGAUCUUUAUUGUUGAAGUAUUCAGUAUAAACAUGUAUAAUUUGCCAACAUCUUACGUGACAUAUGUGGGAAACAAAAUAUAUUGUGGAUAAGUACUCAAUCCCAAACAUCUAAUUUUGCCUGCUGUACCAAGGCUCCUAAUAUUGUUGGCUCUGUAUGCAGACAUACUGUUAUGUUACAACAUACAACAGACAUCUCUAUGUCUGUUGUAAUAAUAAAUUGUCCUCUACAUGUUUCCCAGCGCCAUAUAAUUUUAAGUAAGCAGAAAUGGUCUCAUGAGUAAUAAAUGACUGAUAGAUGUAAGUAUUUUUUUUUAUUCACAUUCAUACAAGUAGAAUAAUGUUACAAAUAAUAGUAUAAUGUGGACAUCAAAUCAUUGCAAUAUGUUUUAUGUUGUAUUUUCAUAAUAAAGUAAGAUCGUUUUAUGAAUACAUUAUUAUUUGAAUAUCGCCUGCCCCAUUGAAUGUUUAUUUUAUAAAUUUGUUAAUUGUUAUUAGAAUAGGUAUUUGUACAACUGGUCUGAUGUACUUAUACAAUAAAAUAAACUUAAUAUCAGAGCUUACUUAAUUAAGUAUUAAGAUACAGUUAUCGCCAAAGUUGUGCCCACAGAACUUUUUAACUAGAAUGUAUAUGUAG